GCAGGCAGGCUGCAUGGAGGCUUUAACACGCGCUGUCUUGCUUAACCGCUAUGAUCAAUAUGCCGCAUAAUAACAAUGUGACGCGAUGAGAAGCAGCUUUUAAACUCAUAUCGAUCAGCUGAUGGAGGCCCUGUUAAAUGAGUGGCUUUGGCGGGAGGAGUACUGGCUUCCUCCUGGCAUCCGCUGGCAGGACAUUGAGAUGAAGGAAGACGAGGGUCGCUUCCCUCUACCCAGGGAUCUCAUCUACACCUUGCCACUGGCCUUCGCCUUUAUAGCCCUCAGAAUUGUCUUUGAGAGGCUCAUCGCCGUCCCAUUAAGCAAACAUUUUGAUGUGAAGGACCGGAUUAGGAUUCAAGCCGCUUCCAUCCCAAAGCUGGAGACCUUCUACAAACAGAACAGUGCGCAACCAUCGCAAAGUGAGGUGGUGAGCUUGGGUAAGCAAUGUGGACUUUCCCAGAGAAAGAUCCAGACCUGGUUCAGACGCAGAAGGCACCAGGACCGACCCAGCAACACCAAAAAGUUCUGCGAGGCCUCCUGGCGUUUUGUCUUCUACCUCGUAUCGUUCACUGCGGGGCUCGGCUCUUUAAUUAAUACUCCGUGGUUCUGGGAUCACAGAGAGUGUUGGAGGGGUUAUCCCAAGCAGCCCGUGGCCGAGGCUCAUUACUGGUAUUACAUCUUGGAAAUGGGCUUCUAUUUGUCGCUGCUUCUGUGCGUCUCUGUGGACAUCAAGCGAAAAGACUUCAAGGAGCAGGUCAUUCAUCACAUCGCCACCAUAUUCCUCAUCGGUUUCUCCUACUGUGCCAACUAUGUGAGGGUUGGCACUCUGGUGAUGCUGGUGCACGAUUCUUCUGACUUCCUUCUCGAGUCUGCCAAGAUGCUUCACUAUGCUGGCUGGACGAAGACGUGCGACUCACUGUUUGUCAUCUUCUCUCUGGUCUUCCUGGUGACGAGGCUGGUGGUGUUUCCUUGCAGAGUGGUCCACACAACCUUGGUGGUGUCUGUAGAAUUCUUCCAGCCCUUCUUUGGUUAUUAUUUCUUCAACGCCCUUCUGUUAGUACUCCAAGCAUUGCACAUCUUCUGGGCUAAUCUCAUCCUGCGCAUGGUCUACAAAUUUGUGUUCCUGGGCAAGGUGGAGCGUGAUGAACGCAGCGAUGAGGAAAGUGAGGUGGAUGAUGAAGAGGAGGAGGCUGAGGAAGAAGAGGACGAGUGCAGCUGGGAGCAAAGAAAGGGUGCAAUCAACUCCAAACUGGCAUCGCUGGCAAACAACUGUGUCCUGAACAACCUGACCAACCCGAGGAAUAUAAACAGCAGACUGCCCAAAGCCAGAUAGUGGAGCAACCUCUUUACGCGUCGACCGAGCCUUUCCAGAAGAUUGUAUUAUUUACCCUUUCCGCCUAUUGGUGAUUAACUCAUUUCUGACAUAUGAUACAUCCACAUGGCUUGUGUACAUCCCAGUCCACUGAUGAUUUCAGACAAGGGUUGGUCUGCAUCCUGCUUAUCUUCAAAAAAAGAAGGUGAAGAAGCACAGAUGAAGAAACGCCAUCAUUACUGUCACCCAUACCACUGCAUACUGAUAAAAUAUAUAUGGCAAAACAAAGAGUGAAAUUUCCUGAACAACAAAUCAUGUGUUUUUGCACAUUUUGUAUUUAUGCUGUUUCUUUUCAUUGUAUUAUAAUAACUAGUUUGUAAAUACAUAAGGAUACAAUUUCCUGACCUGUGCUAUAAUGCAUUUAUCCUUUCUUUGGUCAACAAGGAAAACAAAAUGUGUUUUACACAAAAUCAAACUGUUCCAUCUAAAACAAUAUGUUUUAAACAGAGCGAAACUAAGCUAGAAUCUAAUAGUAAUUCACUCUCCCAGCUUUGCAUCCACAUAGACAAUACAGUAUGGUUGAUUGAACAUAGACUAUUAAAGAAUAUUGAUCGUAGUAAAUCUGUUGAUAAACCACUUCAUAUAUCUAACAGGUCCAUUUUAUGUUGUUGCAACUUGUGACAGAAUCUAAAAGGCUACUGCAGAAGUCCCAUAAAGUUAUAUUUUUCUGUGAUAGGAUUUGAUUUAGGUCUAAGCUCACAUCUUAGCAGAGAUAUGGCGCCCCCUGGUGCAAAAAGAAGAAUGUAUCGUUGUAGAGAAAGCACUCUCCAUGUCUGAUAAAAAUUAUGCCUUUACAAAAAAAAUGUCUGUUCCUAAAAAUCAGGACCUAAACCACAUGUAUGUGAGUGUGUGUUUUGUUUGUUUUUCUACUUUGAAUAACAUGGUAACAGGCAGCAUAAUUUCUCAAUGAGGUCUUUUGGUUAAGGUUUGCUGAACUGGACUUUAUUUUUGUGCCUUGGCUGAUGUUUUUACACUAUUCUGUGACAAACGCUUAAUAUUAAGCUCUGUGUGUAAGUAGGAUUGCCAUCACUGGACAGGUUUUACUGUGACGAAUUUUAAUGUUUAGCUUGAAAUGUUGGUGAGGCAGCGGCUGGUACAUAGUACCUAGUGCACACAGAUGGGCAUUAGGGAAAUGUGAGAUAUUUUAGAUAGCGGAACAAUCUACAAAGGUCAAAUGCUUUAUAGCUCAGAUGAAAUUUGAUGAUUUUUAUAAAAGAUGGCAUAUUUUGAUAUCACUAGACCAGACAAGAGGUCCCUUGGAUUUUAACAUGUAUUUUAACACAGCGAAAGAUGUGGCUCAGUGUCUGUAAAGUGUUUCCAAGCUAGGCUCUAGAUAGUGCAUCAUUAUUGUCAACAGUACAGCACAGAGAUCUUGUUCAGAAACCAUCAAACUACAGUACACUCAUACACAGUAUUCACUACCAAAAACUGAUGUUAAUGUUUUACAGGUUAGUGAGAGCAACUCUUCAAAAUAAGUGGUUAGAGUAGAAACGUGUGUCUGUCUCUGAACAGGGACUUAACAGCACUGGGGCCCACACAUGAUCAAGUUGUAGAGCACUAAAAGUGGUGAUCCACUAUAACGCGCCAUGACCCCCACUAGAAUAUUGUUUUAUAAAUAAAAACAAUAGAUAUAAAAUCAGGAGCAAUGUCAUGUUUCCACGAAAGUAACACUUGACUGUUCUCUUAAGACUGCACACGGAUGCU